AACCCCCGCCAUGUACCCCGUCUACUUCCCAUCCGGGCAGCAGCCCGCGCGCUUUGCGUCCGACAAGGGCGGCAAGUGGAAAAUCAACAAAGUGGACGACCUCUCGUCGUCGCUCUUCUCCUCCACCCUUUCAACCACCACCACCGCCGCCACCGUCAGCCCCACGCUGGGUACGACGUGUGCGGGGAUGAUCAACCCGUGCGGCGGGGGCAUUUGUUACGUGAGCGGUGGAGUUCCGCGGUGCGACUGCAGCGCGAUGGCCAAUAUGGUUGAGGUGUUGGGAUUGCCAACGUCCAAGUGCGUGCCACGAAGUCCCUGCACAAAGUCUCCUGUGAAUCCCUGCGGCGGCGGAACGUGCUCAGAUGUUGGCGACGGGACAUACACGUGCGCGUGCUCUGCGGGUUACGCCGUCGGCGCUGCUGUCGACGGUUCGCCGACGUGUGUUUCUGCAGCUGGCCUCGCGAAGUCCUAUGUUACCAACCCUGGCGACAACUGCACGUUUGUCGCGACAUCUUUCAACAUAUCGACCACCACGCUGACAAACCUGAACACAUUCAUUAACUGCUCCGUUACAGAAUACCUCCCUCCUGGAAUUGCUCUUACAGUCGCAGUGACUUCCUUAUCCUCCUCCUCCUCAUAUUGCACCAACACUUAUACAGUCCGACCUCAGGACACUUGCACUUCUGUAGCAAACACUUUUUUCAACGGUUCACUCACUUCCCUUUUGGCAAUCAACCCUGGCUUGUCGUGCAAGCGCUUGUUCAAGUCACAGCAAGUAUGCCUUCAGAUGGUUACCGCAUCGACAACAUCGUCGGCUCCACAGUGCGGGCAAAGCGUCCCUGUUGUCAUUGGAGACACUUGUGCUUCGGUUGCUGUUAAAUAUUCAAUUGACAACGCAACAACAUUUGCCUCGCUUAACCCAGGCGUCAACUGCAACAUCAAUCUUGCAGUGGGCUCAUACGUCUGUGUGGCGCCAGCAGCACCUGCGACCAGCAUCAACUGCACGGGGUGGUACCGGGUGAUGCAGGGCGACACAUGCCCCUCCAUCUGGAAUGCAGCCAACCUCACCAUGUCCAUGUUCCUCUCCAUCAACCCGGGCAUCCAGGCGCCCUACUUCGUGGUGGGUCAACAAGUCUGCAUCGACUCACCCCUCCUCACCACCAUGCAGCGAAACCCAAACGCCAACUACUCCAUCUACACCGUCCGUGCCGGCGAUACCCUCUCCUCCAUCUCCACCCAAUACCUCACCCGUUGCACACUACUCUCCGUUUCCCCCGCUGCCAUUGCCACCCAAAAUUUCAUCUCCAAUGCCACUGCACCGCUCCCCGUCGGCAUGAAUCUCAUCAUCCCCUGUAUAGGCGGCAUCGGCAUGAUUGACAGCGGCUGUGCAAUUUCUCUCACAGUGUGCGGAGCGGAUUUUGUCUCGUACCCGUCGUACUGCCAUGCAGCCGUGAACUAUGGUCUUUCACUAUUCCAGAACAACCCGUGUGACAACUGUGGGGCGGCGUGCGUUGGCCGCAUGGGGCUGGCCCCGGCCUCAGGCUUCGGCUGCACGCAAGCCAUCUGCCCGUAUCCAACCUGGUUAUCAACUUCAGACUGCACUCUAGGAGAUGGCAACAACGUUACUGCACCGUGCUGCAACUACCGGAAGACGCUUUGCCAGAAGUCGUGCAACGCGACGGCUGAAACUAUGGGCGGAACCACCACGACCAAAACGGCCAACUACAACACGUGCUGGAACAAUUGCUACUGCUGCGCUGGAUCGCCGUGCGGGGGCCCCGCGUGCCUUGCCUCGAGCAACGCCUGCUAUCAGACCUCACCGCGCACUUGCUCGUACGCAAUUGGAGUUGGUUACACGUUCAUCUGCAACUACUAUCCUGCUGCAAGUCCCUUGCCUUAA